AGGUAAUUCGUCAUUGAGCUCUCAGGACCCUCGGUUAGCAGAAAUUUUUCGAGGUCGAAUUUUGUACGCGCUUCAGCUCGAAUUCAAUGGGGUUUUCAUAUGAUCAUCAUAAAACAGACGAGGUGCCCAAUCCGCAUAUCAAAUAUCAGAACACAUCAUUAUCAUCGCCUCCGUCCGAGUGAAUGCGUGACACUUUGCUUGCAUCAUCACGAAUCUAAUGUUAUGCUCUACUACAUAAUGACUCGCUGGUGGUUCAGCAAAAGACAUACAUUCUUUCUUCAGAAUCAUCAUCAUGACCACUACAACCGAUCCUGGGACUACUAUACCGGACCUAACCGGGGCUCUUCAAAGAAGAACUGCCAGAAUUGUAGAAGGUCGCGGUUUCUUGUUUUGAUCAUCCUGCUUUUGUAUCUUCUGGGGGCUGUCAACCUUUAUGGUGAAUGGGCACAGGUUCUCUUAUGUACUAAUGUGAAAACCUUUUGGGAGACCACCUUCGAGUCUAACAAUACUCUUACUACUCCCGUCCUAUGGACUAUGGUGGUCGGUGCAACUCUGAGUGCAGUUCUUGCUGAUGCUACUUCGAUAUGGCGCUGUUGGCUUGUCUGGAGUCAAUCGUGGAGCAUUGUGGUUGUUCCGAUUGCUUGUACUAUCGUGGCAACAGUCCGCAGAAGCAUCAUAACCUAUUACUCUGCCUUUGGAUCUGAUGAAAAAACUCCUCCCCAAGCCCUAUUCCUCGAGAGUGUGGUCAGCUGGUCCGUGCUAUACUCCUCGCUCAUAUUGGCAACCUUGCUAUGGUGCACAAUUCUCAUCAUCUACCGUAUAUUGAGAGUUGGAAAUGCUGCGGGAAGGAUUCAUGUAUUCCAGCGAGUGAUAGAGAUGCUUGUAUAAUCUGCAUCUCUCUACUCUGCCGUGAUAGUUAUUCUGGUCGUGUUGGAAGUUAGGAAUGAGCCAGCCGGAUAUUAUAUCGAAGAGUUGGAAAGUGCGAUAAGAGGAAUCGUGCCGACAAUACUGGUCGGCUGCGUUGCAUCUGGAUGGGCCACAUCUCUGCAUGCAAGACGGGACUUGGAAGAGGGCAUGGAGGAUAGUACACAGAGUUAAGACUGGAGGGAGCAGUGCAAACUUGCAACGUGCACGAUUCAGGUUCAUUAAUUGUCACUAUUAGAUAUAUUUCUCCUUACGAAUUGGUCAUGGCACCGGUACUAUGCUAUUCAUUCGGGACCUUAGACCU